AUGGAUUUUGAUAAAAAUUUAAAUAUGUAUUUUCAUAAGGAUGAGUUUAUAUUUGCUCAUGAUCCGGAAAAGAAAUGUAAAUCUGGUGACAUCGUAUUAGUUAAAGAGCUACCAGAACGUCUAACACGUUUAAUAACUCAUUCGAUACAAGAAAUUAUUUAUCCUUUGGGUGAUAUCACUGAUCCUAUCACGGGUAAAAAAGUAGUUGUAGGAAAAUAUCGGGAUGAAAUUGAACAUACCAAUAAGUUAUAUGGAAAAUCAGAUAAAAGUUUUUCAUAUGAAAAAGCUCCACCGCGUGGUCGUUUAGAGGGUACUAGAGAUUUCACGCAUGGUGAAACUUAUAUUAAAUAUCAUGAAGAUGGAAAAGAUCAACCUUUCGCUGUAUAA